CACUCCCACUCUGUACUCUCAGCCAGCACCGCACUCUGCACGUAUUACUCCCUCGCAGGAAAACGAUGGCAAACACCAGGAAGCAGCUUCUGGAUUUACUAAAACUGCCGGAGAACUCUGAGUGUGCGGACUGCGGAGAGCCAGAUCCGGAGUGGGUAUCGUGCACGCUCGGGGUUUUCAUCUGCUUGCAGUGCUCUGGAAUUCACAGAAGCCCGUCAAUUGGAAAAGUGAAGUCUGUGCAGUUAGAUAACUGGGAAGACGACACCGUUCAGUUUCUGAAAGAGCAUGGGAAUAAGAAAGCAAAAGAAAAGUACGAAGCCUUUGUGCCUCCUUUUUACUACAGGCCACGAGCCAGGGAUUGCAUGGUCUUGAAGGAACAGUGGAUAAAAGCAAAAUAUGAACGCGAAGAAUUCACAUCCGACGAAGAGUCUCCCUAUACGACAGGACAUAAAGAGGGAAACCUGUGGAAGAAAGGGCGCGAUCGUAAACAGUUUCUGGAGCGGCGUUUUGUCUUCUCCGGGAGAGAAAAAGUCCUUAAAUAUUACAUUAAUAACCAUGCAGACCCUAAAGGAACAAUUCCUAUCCAGAGCCUAAAUGCCACAUUUCAGGCUGAGAAGAUCGGACAUGCCCAUGGACUGGAGAUCACAUAUAUAAAGGACGAGCAGACCAGGAACUUAUUUGUGUACCAUGAUGAAGGACAGGAAAUAGUGACCUGGUUCAACGUGCUACGGGCGGCUCGAUUCACUUACCUGAAGGGAGCGUUUCCGGCAGUCCCAGAGGAAGAGCUCAUCCCGCGGAUUACACGAAAUUAUUCCAAAGCUGGAUACAUGGAGAAAACCGGUCCCAGGCAAAGGGAAGCUUUCAGGAAGCGAUGGUUUAACUUGGAUUCUGAGGAGCGAAAACUGCUUUACUACAAGAAACCUUUGGAUGCCUUUCCACAAGGAGGAAUCUUUUUAGGAAGUAAGGAACAAGGAUACCGGGUCUUAGAAGGUUUACCUGAAGGUACAAAGGGAAAUAAGAGGGAUGCUGUGAUCAUCAUCAAAACACCAGACAGGGAAUUUAAAUUGACUUGCGAGAACACCACAGAUCAGAAAGAGUGGCUGAAGGCUCUGACCCAAGUCAUAUCCCGGCCAACGACCGCACAGGACAUGGAUGAGGAGAAACGCUUCCGAAAAACGCAUCACAAAUAGAUUAGAUGGGAAACUUCAGACAAGAAAUCUAAGGUUCCCGUGUAAAUUAGGCCUUUAUUUAACAAUUAACAGCUGCAUGGACUGGGCCGAUAUAUACUGGAGAGAAGACGUUUACACCACAUGGAGCAAUAAUCACCGAGCCUGCCCAAAGGCACAGAACUAGGAAUACCCGGCCACGGCAGAGACUGUGUAAUUCCGCAUAGCAUCGAGACACUAAACGUGGCCUUACAGGUUGGGCUCUCUUAACGGGACGGCACUGUGA